UAUAAUAGAAAUAUUUAAAAUUAUUUUGAAUAAAAAUAAUUCAUUUUAUUUUUGCGAAAAAUAGUGUUCCAUUGUAAUACUAGCUACGCCACUGCAGAACGAUUGUCACGCUUGUAGUCACAAAACCGGUUUUGAUUCCCGGCUUGUUUUACUUUGAUCUUUUGAGCGUAGUAUGUGGGAACCAGUCUAUGUAAAGAAAAACUCGAGCACACGUGUAACGCUCUCAGUCGAAUUUUCACAAGACAGAAGUCUAGUACGACACUCUAAACUUUAUAAAAUUCAAACUCGAUCUUGUUUGCUAAAUAUGCCACGUCGCGGGCGAGAGAGAAGACGACCACCACAGCGUGAGGUAAAUAGAAGAGAGCACGCACCAGUGCCGGUAAAUAGACGAAUGCCGGCGCCGGCUCCAGAAAUUAGAAGGACGAGAGCACAAGCUCGUGUUCAACCGCCAGCACCAGCACCAGCACCAGUACCAGUACCUGAAAGACCUGACACUGAUGACGAACAAGGCCUAGAGGCGGCAGGAAGAGUCCCACAACCGAGGAACGCCGGGCGGGGCACCCCGUCGGCGGAUGACUUGAACCGGGGCCGGAAGCGAAGGUCAGAUGAUGCAGAGCUGGACGAUUUUGGCAAUGAUCCCUUGCUACAGAACGAUACCGAGAUUCAGGGACUUGGCACCAGAGGCGGAUCCCGAACCGCAUCAAAUACCCAGUUUUCUAUGGCACGUCUUCGAUUCAGAGCUAGACAGCUCCUCGACACAGCUGUAGCGCAUAAUUCAUUACUGACGUAUCAUACGGCGGUGAAUUCAUUCGAAAGAUUUAGAUCAAACUAUACAUUUCCAAAGUUGUGGCCGAUCCCCGUGUCCCAUGUCUUACUUUUUCUAGCCAACUGUUUUGAAAGAGGGUUGUCCCCUAAAACAAUUGCAACUUAUUUAGCAGGUAUUAAUUAUUUUCAUAAACUACGUGGUUUCACUGAUUUUAGCCGAGUAUUUAUAGUAAAUAAACUUUUAGAGGGGACUCACAGAAAUAGGCACACUAGGGAUGAGCGAGCCCCUUUAAGGAAACAUGUUCUGGAGAAAGUUUGUAAUGUGCUAUCAACAUUUUGUAACGACAAUUAUGAAACAAAACUAUUUUCAGCUUUGUUUACGCUAGCAUAUUUUGGCUUAUUUCGUGUGAGUGAACUAGUAGCGCCACGUACAUACCAUUUAGGUAAUGCAUUGCUUCGUGACGAUGUAUCGUUCAUGCAUAAUAACUGUUAUGUCAUUAUCAAACUUCGCCAUUACAAGACAAAUCAAAGAGGAAAGCCAGUUCUGAUAAAAAUUCCAAGGCAAAAUGAGACUAUAUGUCCGGUUUUAAAGCUCAUAGCUUUUUUGGAAUUACGACCAAUGUAUCAAGUAGCACUGUUUUGUCACCAGAAUGGUGCAGUAGUCACGAGGUCACAGUUCACUGACGUUUUGUCGAAAGCUAUAAGCAGAACAUGUUAUAGAGGGGGUAAUUUUAAAUCACAUAGUUUUAGAAUAGGCAGGGCUACUGAUCUGGCAAUUCAAGGUGUUUCUUCGGAGAUAAUUAUGAAGAUGGGAAGGUGGUCGUCUAAUUGUUACAAAUUAUAUAUUCGAAAUUAAUUUCACUUACACAGAUCCUUACCAGACUUAUAUAUGCCAAAAUCCUCAGUUUUUCAACCAUAUGUACAGCUUAAGAAUGUGUUGGUCGUGUUUCUUAUUGCCUUUGUUAUGUUAACAAUUAGGGCUCAACUAAUUUUGUCUUAUCUUUCUAUAGACGUAUGGAUCUUAGGGGAUUCCAUUCCCUAUUGGGCUGGAGUUCGUGCCAUGGCUACUGGCAAACCCAAUUUGAAAUUAAAUGAUGUGAAGAUAGGCUGGUGGGGUGUGAGAGGUCUUGGCUGGCAGGGAUUUAGACACCAAGUGGAAUCACAAGUCCUUCUAUGCUCACCACCAAGAAUGAUCAUAAUCAAUCUAGGUGGGAAUGAUUUAGUUUACCUAAAAACACCAGCUAUCAGGGAAAUCAUUCAAAGGGAGGUAACCUACCUUAGAGAUGCUUUACCAAAUUCAGUUAUCAUUUGGAUAGACAUUCUCCAAAGAAAGUCAUGGAGGGGGACCAAUAUCGGCUACAAACCUAUUGAACAAAAAAGGAAAAGACUAAACCGUUUAGCACGCAGGAUUGUUCUAGAAUCGGGCAAUGGAGACUAUGUAUCUCCAGAUAUAGACGAUAAAACUAACUUUUUUCGUGCAGACGGUGUGCAUUUGAAUGAUGUAGGCUUGGAAUUUUACUUAGACUACGUUAAGGACAUUAUUGUAAAACAUAUAUCCUAAUUAAAAAUAAAUUCAUAAUAAAUGAAUAAGUUACUGAAUAGUAUAUACGUAUUAAACUGGCUUCUUGUUCAAUUUUGUCGGUGUAUGUGUCAUACUUUUACUUUCCUUACUCUGCGAAUAAGUGCUCAGAAUUUUGGGGGAUAAAUUGGCGUCAAUUUAUUGUGGCCGAAAAAAUUCUGUCGAUCGGAGGGUGACCGAAUGUGUUAUAUUUUUGUUAAAAUCUUAAUGUUAGUAGUCGCCAAAAUUAAGAUCAUGAAUCUAAAUGUUUCUCGGAUUCAGGUUUCUGAUCAGGCGCCGGGCACCCGCGCGGGUCGGGGAUCUACAAUCCGGGUAGCGCGAAAUAUUUUGUCCGGUGGCUAAUGCGUGGAUUACAUAGCUGUUAACGUAGUAUUGCUGUUGCCGUAGUAUUGCUGUUGUUGUUUUAUGGCUGCUGACGUAGUAUUGCUGUUUAUAAUUGCUGUAUCAGUCCGACGUUUGCAUAAUAAUGUUGUUGCAUAGGUAUUGUCCUAGUACUGAGACAAUAUCUACUUAGCUUUGCCUGAUGAAAUCAUAGCCUUUGUGUCCGUUAUAGUUGGCCUGGGUGAUACCAAAGUGUCGCAUCGGUAUUAAACUAGCAUCGCGUUGCUUAGCUGUAUAGUGAACCGCUCCAAUAGCUGUCAAGGUCAUGCCACCAUAUUAAUUUCCUACUUUGAUAGCGUUGAUGUUAAAGCAAUCGUCCGGUCUCCUUUCGGUCGACGGAAUUUCUAACAAUCUGGCGGGGCACCCCGACAGAUUUAUUGAGUGACCACAACAUGCCACUCUUUAAUUGUUGUAUCAAUGAUUAAUGUAUUGGAUUCUGAUAUUGUAUAUUCCCUAAAAGCAAAGUAUUAGAUAGAAUAAAAAACAAGUGUUACACGUUUGUUUUGAGUCAUUUAUUUUGGAGUUAUAAAAUAAUUAAAAUUAUUUUGAAUAAAAAUAAUUCAUUUUAUUUUUGCGAAAAAUAGUGUUCCAUUGUAAUACUAGCUACGCCACUGCAGAACGAUUGUCACGCUUGUAGUCACAAAACCGGUUUUGAUUCCCGGCUUGUUUUACUUUGAUCUUUUGAGCGUAGUAUGUGGGAACCAGUCUAUGUAAAGAAAAACUCGAGCACACGUGUAACGCUCUCAGUCGAAUUUUCACAAGACAGAAGUCUAGUACGACACUCUAAACUUUAACCCACCCGCCACACCCCAAACUUUUCUGUUGAUUUUAACAACAUUAAUGUUUAGUAAUAGUUUAAUCAUAAAGUUGUUUUGAACAAAUUUACUGUUUUUGUUAGUUUGUAUGUUCCAGGAAGUUGCUGUUGAACUGAGAUUAGGAGAUAAUGACGUCACACACAAUCCAGUCAAAUGUUGAUGCAUGACGUUAAACUGCAGAGAUGAAUCGGAUGUGCUCAGAAGAACAUGUGUCCAUGAGAGAUAAAAUCUAUUAACAUUUAAGCAUUCAUUUGGAUUUAAAUCAUGAACUUCAUUUGGUGCAGUAUGUUUUUACUAUACGUGACUUCAUAUAUUCCGUGCCGUGCAGUGUCAAAGACAAUAUAAGUUUGUUAUAGCAGAAAAACGUUAAUUGUGAAAUAUUAUUACUUUUUGUUUAGUGUGUAACAGAAGUAACUUUAAAACCAGGCAUCUUCUUAAGGAUAAUUAUAAGAUCUAUGAACUAAGUCACUCAUUUAACUGUCUGUACAUAUAUAUAUCUUAGCUGAAAAAAUUCUGUCGAUCGGAGGGUGACCGAAUGUGUUAUAUUUUUGUUAAAAUCUGAAUGUUAGUAGUCGCCAAAAUUAAGAUCAUGAAUCUAAAUGUUUCUCGGAUUCAGGUUUCUGAUCAGGCGCCGGGCACCCGCGCGGGUCGGGGAUCUACAAUCCGGGUAGCGCGAAAUAUUUUGUCCGGUGGCUAAUGCGUGGAUUACAUAGCUGUUAACGUAGUAUUGCUGUUGCCGUAGUAUUGCUGUUGUUGUUUUAUGGCUGCUGACGUAGUAUUGCUGUUUAUAAUUGCUGUAUCAGUCCGACGUUUGCAUAAUAAUGUUGUUGCAUAGGUAUUGUCCUAGUACUGAGACAAUAUCUACUUAGCUUUGCCUGAUGAAAUCAUAGCCUUUGUGUCCGUUAUAGUUGGCCUGGGUGAUACCAAAGUGUCGCAUCGGUAUUAAACUAGCAUCGCGUUGCUUAGCUGUAUAGUGAACCGCUCCAAUAGCUGUCAAGGUCAUGCCACCAUAUUAAUUUCCUACUUUGAUAGCGUUGAUGUUAAAGCAAUCGUCCGGUCUCCUUUCGGUCGACGGAAUUUCUAACAAUCUGGCGGGGCACCCCGACAGAUUUAUUGAGUGACCACAACAUGCCACUCUUUAAUUGUUGUAUCAAUGAUUAAUGUAUUGGAUUCUGAUAUUGUAUAUUCCCUAAAAGCAAAGUAUUAGAUAGAAUAAAAAACAAGUGUUA